GAGCGGCUAAGCCUGUCCAGCCCUCGCGUCCCGCUAGCUGGAGCCGGAUGGCCACUAGCGUCGUCGCGCCCGGCCUCCCGCUCUCCCGGCCCCAUUGCCCGUCCGGGGCCAGACCGGGACAGAUACGAGCGCGGCUUCCAGCUGGUCGAGCAGCGCCACAGCCAAAGCCGCAGCGCCGACCCGAUGCUAUCCAUCUCGUCGGCCCUCCGCGACGACCCGCGCUUCGGCAUGCAGCGCCUGUCGCUCGACGUCAACGGCCCCAUGUCUCGAAUGCCGAUCAACCGGCGCGCCAGCUUCGACGCCGAGAGGGACGGGGGCUUGGUGAGGAGGAAAGCCCCGAGCAUGAGCCCCGGGCGCGGCAUCAUGUCGCCGGCCCACCAAGUCUUCCGCCCCGCCGCCGUCCGGCCGCAGUACAACCAGGUGCACGCGCUGAUCCUCACGUGGUCGUUCCACGACCUCAAGACGGCGCCGUACACGGCGCAGCCGGACCCGGACUACAUCUCGCUCGAGGACGAGACGCGGCGGCUGCGCGACACGCUACGCAGUUACGGGUAUCACGUGCACGAGUUCCUAAUCCCCAUGGUGCGCUCCGUCGAGCAGCUACAGUCGCGCCUACGCCAGUUCUGCCGCUACGCUGCCGACGACACCUUGCUGAUGGUCUACUACCACGGCCACGGCAGCCUGGACGACGACAACGAGCUCGUGUUUAGCAGCCACGAACACCCCGACGACCCCGACUGGUCUGCUGCGGCGGCCGCAGACCUUUACGAGGCGCUAAUGACGGGCGACCCGUACGCUCACAGCCGGUCGGCGCAGGUGUCGCAGCUGCUCAAGAAAUACGAGCGCUACCGCCCCGUGGCCGAAGUGAAGUGGGACGACAUCCGCACGGCCGUGCUCGGCGCGCCGUGCGACAUGCUGCUGGUGCUCGACUGCUGCGCGGCGGGCGGCGCCAACCUCGGCCACGCCAGCUGGCAGCCGCCGCCGUCGGCCGAGGGCUACACCAAGCACCUGUUCGCGGCGUGCGGGUUCGAGUCGAGCACCAGCGACGACAUGACGGCCGCGCUGUGCGACGUGCUCGACGAGUGGGUGCCGCCGUCGCCGACGCCGCCGGCCUCCCAACAGCUGGUGCAGCAGCAGCAGCAGCAGGACGGGCGGCAGCGCAGCCGCAGCCGCGACGCCCGCGCCGCGCCGUUCCUGACCACCAAGCGCCUGCACCAGAUCGUGGAGGACCGCCUGCAGAAGGACUCGGCCGGCAGCCAGCCCAUCUUCAAGCAGCUGCUGCCGCUCGACCCGGAGCAGUACAUCACGCUGCCGAAUCUGCUGGUUUUGCAGCAGCAGCGCCAGAGGGACAGGGAGGUUGAGUGGGCGCAUGCUGUCGAUGCGGCCAAGCGCAGGGGCUAUAUUCUUGCUUGAGAGGGGAGGGAUGAUGGAUUGUGGGUGCAUGGUUGGAGUAGAGAGAUGAAUGGGCUGGCAAGGUGUUGAGAUGAGGGUUAGCAGCACGUAGAAUCCUGUGUGUGUGUGUGUGUGUGUGUGUGUGUGUGCAGGCGUUGGUGGAGUUGGUUCAAUGCAGCGGGCGUGAGCCUGUGAGCGAGUUUUGGCGGAAUGACUGACGACUGGAUGUCUGGCGUUGGCCGUGUUAUCGGAUCUGUUUUUUGCACUUCUUCCAUGUCUACCCUGCUUGUAUUUCGAUGUUGCUGGUGCAUUGGGUUGGUAGAGCCGUACUCUGGCCUUGCUCCUUUGUCAAAUAGCUAAGCGUUGAGGUAAUUUGUUGCCCGCAGACAACAGCCCUUGUGUCUGUCGUGUCAGUGUGGUGAAAAACUUUCAGGGCGAGCCGUAAUUUAUUAAGGCCCUUCAAAUCUAAACAUUUGGG